AUGGCUUUGCUUCAAUUCGGAACGACACUGGUGUUUGGCGUGCCGCCGCUGUGGAAUAAUGAGAACCAGCCGGAUCCCAAAGUUCGUCAUUUUCAAGCAAUUAUGGUCGGCAUUUUGGGCACAAUCCCUACCUUGACACUAGCCUACGUCACAGCACCUUUUGUUCACCAGGUCUUUAUCCAAAUCCCUGAAUAUGCGAGACGUAGCAGAAAAGACCUUUCGCACUUUGCCAGCACGUUGAGAAGCAAGCCGGUAGCCACUGCAAACACGAAGCUCGAGUUUGUAACGCUCCGCAUCUUCCCCUUUCGGAAACACACCACAGCCUUCAUCCAUGAGCUGCGGGCAUUGCCUCCGAUGCGCUUCCGCCUGGCAAACAUUGAACUACCAAAGACCGAAGGAUGGGCACGGCGCCAACGUGCAAAAGGCAUCAUGAAGCGGAUCUGGGACGUCAUCAACGAGCCGCGUUUCAAGUUCUACGUCAAGGAGGGCCGCUUCUUCACGACCAAGACGGGGGUUCCGGGGGUAUGGGAAGAAGUCGCGGCGAGAAUUCACGAGCAGACUGUUGAAGAGAAUGAGGCGAAGCAGGCCAGGACGGGGGGGAAGAAGACGGCACUCGUUCGGAAACCAGCAGUCAGGCUGGUGAAGCCAGUUGUGAGAGAGCCGGUCAAGAGGCAGACUUCACGGCCUAUACCGAAAUAA